ACUCAGCUACUCAUUUGGCGACGUGUACCGGUGUGUGGAAGUGUUCCGGUGUCUCUGCUCUGCUGGGGACGAGCUGCCAGAAAACCCGAACAGCCUUAACAGAGAGGAGCCAUGGGAGGUUCGCAGAGCGUGGAGAUACCUGGAGGAGGCUCCGAGGGCUACCACGUCCUCCGGGUUCAGGAGAAUUCGCCUGGACACCGUGCGGGACUGGAACCUUUCUUUGACUUUAUUGUCUCCAUCAACAACACCAGACUGAACAAGGACAACGACACCUUGAAAGACUUGCUGAAAGCCAGUGUGGAGAAACCGGUUAAGAUGCUGGUUUACUCCUCAAAGACCCUGGAGCUGCGGGAGUCCACAGUCACCCCCAGCAACCUGUGGGGGGGCCAGGGCCUGCUCGGUGUCUCCAUUCGUUUCUGCAGCUUCGAGGGAGCCAAUGAGAAUGUUUGGCAUGUGCUGGAAGUGGAGCCUAAUUCCCCAGCAGCCCUCGCUGGCUUGCGGCCGCACACUGAUUACAUCAUUGGAGCCGACACUGUUAUGAAUGAGUCAGAGGACCUGUUCUCUCUGAUAGAGAGCCACGAGGGGAAAGGCCUGAAGCUCUACGUGUACAACACAGACACAGAUAACUGCAGAGAGGUGAUCAUCACACCAAACGGCUCCUGGGGAGGAGAGGGCAGCCUCGGAUGUGGGAUUGGCUAUGGAUACCUCCACAGGAUUCCCACCAAGCCUUUUGAAGAGGGGAAGAAGAUCAGCUUCCCUGGAAAUUCUCCCAGCGAGCCCCUCAGUCCGCUAAAGGAUGGAUUCACUGAGGUCCAGCUUUCAGCAGUGACCCCUCCUUCUACUGCACCUGUUGUCCCUUCUGGCCUUGAAGAUUCACUGUCAGGCCUGUCAAUCAGCACAGCCCCGCCCACCAUGCCAAGUGAGCUGCAGACAGGUUUGCCCACGGUCCCUCUGCUUCCCUCCUCCACCAGCCCCUCCCUCAGCCCCCUCACUCCACUUAAUCCUGCUGCCACCAGCUUCAACCCCACCACCACGCUACCAGGUCUGAUGCCCCUCCCAGGUGGCUUACCUCCACUCCCUAACUUACCCAACCUCAACCUGCCACUCCCAGAUCUCAGUGCUGUGUCUCUAGCAGGACAACCACCAAUAGGAACCACAGUCCCCUCUCUGGCAUCCCUCCCACCCCUCAACAUCCCAGGCCUGGCUCCCUUUCAUCCUCUACCCACCAUGCUACCCUCCCAGCUUCCUCCUCUCCUCCCUCAGGGAGUGACCCCCCUCCUGCCCAUUUCCACUACCGCUCCUGCAGCCUCGGUCACGGUCACAGGAGCGCCUGCGACCGAGCCUGCCGCCGACCACACAGUCCCCACGGAAGUAGCCUCCACGAACGCCACGGAAUCACCGCCCCCCACGGAAACAACACUAACGUCGUAACCUGGGAGAGAAGUUCCCGCUUGCCAUCAUACCAAAACACACACCUGGUUUCUCUCUUUCUACCAUCUGUCUUUCUCUGUGUUUUUCUAUUUAUUUGGCCAAGAGGGGGCAGGCAGACAGCUGCAUUAGUUCAGACACAGAGGUCGGCAUGCUCCAGUUAUGGGUGAGGAGGCAUGUGUGGCGCGAUGAAGGAUGAAUGGAUAUGAAGAACGGAGGACGGAUGUAGACUGGUCUUACCAACAUGUCUUUAUUACCAGAUUGUCACGGAGCUAGUAGCUUGUCUAAGCUACUGAGGAGGACGGGGUCUACUCUUUGGUUUGUAGUUUGCUUUGCACUUCUGCAGUUACAACACGGCAAAGAACUAUCUUAGGAUUUCCUCCCUUUCUGAUCUGGCAAUCCUCUCGGUUUCACAUACUUAUUUCUUUUUUAUAUAAACAGUGUAUGUUAUUGGGGCUGGACAAUAAAUUAAAUCUAUAAAAAACAAAACAAAACAAAAACUAAGCUACAAUAACAAGUGAGUGGAAGUUCAGUCAGCCAAUCACCUCACAGUCCAGUGGUUGUGUAACUGGUCAUACUGGAAUAAAUGGGGACAAAGAGAACAGAUUGGGCCUGCAGGAGACAAGAAAUAUCAUGCACUGCUGUAUUAAAAUACAAGUAAACAAUAAAGGCAAAUAUGAAUCCUCAUGUUUUUGGUCUUAUUGUCCAGCCCUAACGUGUAACCUUUUAUUAUUAGUUAAUAGAUCCCCUCCGACCAAUAGAUUGAUUUGAUUGACAUGUAUUCAUUUUUGUUGAAAUUGCUGUAUGAGUCUUCACCCAAUGAAUGAAUCUGCAUUAUUUUGCACCACCUUUUGUGUUUUGAAAUUAUUAAGUCUGUCCCUUUGUAUGUCUCCACGUCUAUCCAGAACUCUAUAGUACCCGUCUCUCCCACAGGGAUGGUAACAGUCUGCAGGCCAUGCCAGAGGGGACAGAGGUUUACAGUUACAUGAACUACUGAGUGUCUGUGCUUGCUGCUGGGUGAUCAGUAGGUAGGGUGAAACAUGGGUGUAAGAUUAUUAAAUACACCGUACGUCUCUUCCUGGCAUGGCCUAAGUGAAUUGGUAGUUCCAGUGAUGCAGUGCAGCCACAAGGUGUCACUGUAACAGAACUUUCUGAAAACAUCUACAGUAUGCACAGUGCGAGCAAUAAAGCCAAAUUAAUUUUA